AUGCCGCUUCAGUCUGGUGUGGAAACCGCGCCGGAGGGGACGCGAGAGGGAGAGCGGCAGCAGCGCAGCGGCAGUGGCAGCGGCGGCGGGCGGCGGCGCAGCAGCUGCUGCUUCCAAGGCGUCCUUCUUUCCUGCCCCCGCGAGGCCAUGGCCAAAGUUUCUGCGAACGUGUCAGUGCUGGAGAACCCGAGCCCUUCCACAGCCCCCUUCCAGUUCGAAUCAUUUCGAGUCAGCGAGGCCUUGGCCGACGACCUAGAAUGGAAAAUCAUUUAUGUGGGUUCAGCGGAGAGUGAGGAGUAUGACCAGAUACUAGACUCAGUACUGGUAGGGCGUCCAGCAGGGCGACACAUGUUUGUCUUUCAGGCAGAUGCCCCUAAUGCCUCCCUAAUCCCAGAAACUGAUGCAGUGGGUGUAACUGUGGCUAUAACCUGCACCUACCAUGGGCAGGAGUUCAUCCGAGUUGGCUACUAUGUCAACAGAUAUACCAACCCUGAGCUUCGAGAGAACCCACCCCUGAAACCAACUUCUCUCAGGUAACUCCAGCGAAACUUCUUGGCUUCUAAUCCUCGAGUAACUCGAUUUCCAUAUCAACUGGACAGUAACGACAAAUUGGAGGACAUUGAAAACCAAGACCUCCUAAGCAUGGGGCUAUCGCUGAGUUGUCCCCCUGCCAAAGGCUUAGAUCUUCCAGGCUGUGCCCCCAGCAUCAUUCCUGAAACUCCAUGACUGCAUCUAACUAGAAAACACGAAGAAGCCUAGGCAGUAUGAUGGACCCAAAUGUCUGCCAAAUGAAUGGUUUGUUCUGCCUUCUGGAAAAUUUCUGGGGCAAGCCUGAAAGACUUGGGUUGGGGUCUAAGCUAUAUCUAUAAGCCAGUUAAACUGGUCCUUAUUGGAAGGAAAACGUGUCAUUGGUGUGUCCAUUAGUUCAACACAGAGAGACUACCUGUUUUCUUACAGGUCUGCAGAACAGAUGAUACAUUAGCUCUUUGACUCAUUGUGAAUUUCGCCUUCUCUUCUUCUGGCCUUUUGGCUUUUUGGGUACUAUGGCUCUACAGAGAUCAGUCUGUGCGUGGGUUUUUCUUCUUUUGUUUCAGGCUGCUUAUGGGCUUCCUGACCUAUAACUGGAGGUCUUCCCCUGCUUCCCCCCCAACCCCGGUGUUAUUUCCUCAGUUUCUUCACCUUCUCAACCAUCUUCAAUCAAUGACUUGCCCUGACUUUCUGGAGUUAUUCAUGAAUGAUCUUGGUAGGAUUUGGGCUUCAGCAGUUUUGAUGGAUGGCUAUUGGUAUGUUGAUUGCUGCUCUUUCCCCAGAUGGAUUUUUUAUUCCUGCCUCUAUCUUGCCAACUCCUGGAAAGGCUCGUUCCUUUAAGUGCCAAGAAUGGGGUUUUGAGGGACUAUUUAAAGACGAGGCCAUCCUUUUUGUUUUAUUGGUGGCAACUCGACUCAAACGUGACUUAUUCCUCUCAGCUCUUGGCCGGAUCGGAGGAUAUGAUCAAGAACUAACCAACUGAUUUUCUCUGGGCAAGAAUAACUGAAACAUGCUCACUGUAAACCACACCCCUACACCCCUUAACUCUAGGAUUUAAUGUCAAAAGGCUGCACUUAACUUCUUCUGGGGCCAUAUGAUCUCUCAGGCUGUGGGAGGGUAAGAUGGUUCUUGUGUUUUGGAGACAAAGGAAAAGAAGGCACUGUGCACGUGGAAGUGUUCCCUAGCCCUCAGUUCUUUUCCUCUCAUCUGUCCUUUGUCUCUAUGGCUAUUUUUUUUGGUGGGUUUUUUUUUGGUGGCUAUUGUUGCAUAUGCAAUUUGUAUAUUAAAGGUUUUAUAUUAAAAGUUAUGGUUACUGGAGAAAUAAAAAGCACUUAGGCUGGACUAUAGUGAUUUUUUUUCUAACUUUAGCCUCAAAACAUCAACCAACCCUUUUGAAAAACUGGUGCUUGAACCUCUGGAGAUGAGAGAAAGUUGUGGAGAGAAAUAAAGAAUUUAUUUCCCACCCA